AUGGCAAAUUUCUACUUGGUGUUGCUUCACAUUUCUCUAACCUUUGUGUUGACACAUUCAGCACCUAAAGGAUCUCUUAUAACCCACCUUCCAGGCUUCAAUGGAUCUCUACCUUCCAAGCACUAUGCCGGGUAUGUGACAGUUGAUAAAAAUCAUGGAAGAAACUUGUAUUACUACUUUGUGGAAUCAGAAGGUAAUUCAUCCAAGGACCCUUUGGUUCUAUGGCUUAAUGGUGGUCCAGGAUGUUCUAGUUUUGAUGGCUUCGUAUAUGAGCAUGGUCCUUUUAAUUUUGAAAAACCUAAGACCAAGGGAACCUUGCCUAAGUUGAAACCAAAUCCAUACAGCUGGUCAAAGGUUUCCAACAUUAUAUAUUUGGACUCUCCUGCUGGAGUAGGGUUUUCAUACUCAAAAAAUUUAUCUGAUUAUAAGUCUGCUGGAGAUGUAAAGACCGCAUCUGAUACAUAUACUUUUCUCCUAAAGUGGUUUGAAUUAUAUCCUGAGUUCCUUGCCAACCCAUUAUUCAUUUCUGGAGAGUCUUAUGCUGGAGUUUAUGUGCCUACUCUUGCUGAUUUAAUAGUGAAAGGAAUUGAAGCUGGUACCAAGCCUAAAUUCAAUUUCAAGGGUUAUUUGAUUGGAAAUCCUGUUACUGAUGAUGUAUUUGAUGGAAAUGCUAUUGUUUCAUUUGCACAUGGAAUGGGUCUUAUCCCAGAUAAACUUUUUAAGGAGUCAACAAAAGAAUGCAAUGGGACUUUCUAUGUAGUAUACACCGAUAAGUGCUACAAUUUGUUGGAAAAAAUUCAUAAGGACAUUCAGGGAUUAAAUGUAUAUGACAUUCUGGAACCAUGUUAUCAUGGUGGAGAGAAUAAAACAUCAAAUUCUAAAUUGCCAUUAAGCUUUAGGCAAUUGGGUAAGACUGAUAAAUCUCUUCCUAUAAGGAAAAGAAUGUUUGGACGUGCUUGGCCCUAUAGAGCUAUUGUAAAAGAUGGAUUUGUGCCAUCUUGGCCAGAACUUGUAAGCAAUAGUGACACUGCUCCUCCUUGCAUUGACGAUGAGGUUGCUAUGGUAUGGCUAAACAAUCCUCAAGUCAGAAGAGCUAUUCACACUGUGGAGAAAAGUGUGGUCAAGGGAUGGACCUUAUGUACAGACCAAAUUAAAUACAAACAUGAUACAGGAAGUAUGAUCAAAUACCACAAGAAACUUACUUCCAAGGGUUAUAGAGCAUUAAUAUACAGUGGUGAUCAUGACAUGUGUGUCCCAUAUACUGGAACUGAAGCUUGGACAAAAUCAAUUGGAUAUAAGAUUGUUGAUGAAUGGAGGCCUUGGUUAACCAAUGAUCAAAUUGCUGGGUAUACACAAAGAUACGCCAACAAUCUCACAUUUCUAACCAUAAAGGGAUCUGGGCACACUGUUCCGGAAUAUAAGCCACAAGAGUCAUUGUAUUUUUACAAACAAUUUCUGAAUGGGUUGCAUGUGUAAGAAACAAAGAGA